UUCUACUGUUUGCGUUCCUGAAUCUUGGACAGAACCGUGCCUGGCUCUUCAAAGACGAUCCGUACUCAAGAUUGGAAAGAAGUGAACGUGAUGUGCUGGCAUCAACAUGGAUCCUACCAUAAUUUUAUGUUCCCUAUCAAACUACCGGCUGUAUAUAGCAGAUGACGUCUGUCACGUCAGCUGGUUACAAAUAUGAAUCAGUUCAACCUUUAUCUUUAGUUCACGUGGAAAGUUGACUGGUAUCAUUUAUAAUAAAGCAACUGAAUAUAAAUGAUCGUAUUUUCUAUUUUAAAUUUUCAACCAUACACAUUUUAUCUCACUUUUAACCUUAUAAAAACAUAGAUGAAUAUUAUUUAAAUCUAUAUGGACUAUGUAGAAUGGCCAAUAGUUUAUAAUUCCUUAUACACACCGAACAAUUAAAACAUUUUUUUUUUUUACUAGAGACUUAUUUUAUAUUUUCGUAUUGGUAAAUGAACAUGGAAAUCAGAAGGAACAACUAAAUUAUUUGAAAUAAUUUGUUUUGUGUGAAAAUUCCUAUUUCUUCAUUGGGAUCUUUGGAGAAAUAUAUGGUCAUGAUUAAAAUAUAAAUGUACACAUUUUUGGUUAUUAGUCCGUCCGACGGGUUUUAUGUCAUUUAAUGUAAACUAUAGGUAUUAGAGAUGAGUUAUUCCAAAUAAACACUAGCUGUAAGAACAUUUCUUUCUUUACAUGCUGAUAGGCAGAAAGUUUUUAUGUAUGUGUUUUAACUACUUAGUUUGUGAUUGGCUUAGACAUGACAACCACAAACACCGUUUGUCCCAAUCUGUAACGGACUAUGCAUUAUGACAAUGUACUUACGAUCAGUAUCCUCGUUAUUAUAAAUCAUAGCCAUUAGAUGCAGUCGGCUGGCUUGACGCUCCGCCCUGUUUCAUUUUGCAGUAACAGCUUGCAACCAUAUUAACAAAACACCGAUUUCGCAUAUCUACCUAACAGAAUGAGCCGUUUUGUGCGCCUGAGAUACUACGAAUCGUUUCUUCAUAGAUUACAAAAAUCAGGCACAGAAAUCUGCGUGUAGGGUGAGGAGUCACCAAUUAAUAUUAAUUUCAGUCGUCGGCGAAGGAAAGUACAUGCUCUUGGUUAUCUUACUGUGGUUUGGAAAAUCACGUAAUGUGGACCAUCGGUGGAGGGUCGCGCGUCAAUGACGUCAUGUAAAGCGUCAUCAGCCUCUCCCGGAAGAGACGGAGUGGACGUUUUCACGUGUAAGGUUCUGACUGCAGCUUCUUGCUUUAAGCAUGCGAAUCUGCAGCGUAUGCAGUGAGACGGUCCCCAAAUAUCGAUGCCCGACUUGUAAGAUCAAAUACUGCUCAGUGAUUUGUUAUAAGAAACAUAAAGACGGCUGUUCGCCUGUGGAGGAGACUCUGCCCGCAGCAUUACCUGAACCUGGCGGGACGUGGUGUAGAGAUGGUGACUGGACUGUGGAAGAUCUCGUCGAUGAAGAGGAUGAGUCAGACAAAGUUCCAUUAGAAAGACUAAAAAAACUGGGUGAAUCGGAAGAACUCAAAGCCCUGCUCCGUAAUGCCCACCUUAGGAGGCUUCUGCUCGCUGUGGAUGGAGCGGAGAGCAAGGCGGACAUCAUGAAAGUGGCAAUGCAGGAGCCCCUGUUUGUGGAGUUUGCUGAUCAAUGCUUGAGGAUUGCUGAGCCAAUGGAAUAAGAGGACUUCUGAGACUGACCAAUCAAAUGUCACUAGCUGGUGGUGGGAGUGUUUUCCUGUGGUUCUGAACUGUAAAUAGAUUAUAUCCAGUGCAUCAUUUUAAGCUGCUUUUAUUGAAUCAAGCUGAAUACCUUUUGUUAAAUGCUGUGCUUUUCCCAAAGCCAUUUUAAUAAAGCAAAUUGAAUGUUAUCUUAAUCGAACUGCUGAAUAUUAAAUCUUAAAGGCAGAAA